AUGGCAAAGCAGGAGGAGGGCGGCUCGGAAGGAGAGUCAAGCCAAGGCAGUGACCCCCUGCAGAGUCGCAUUGACGAUAAAACAACCCCCCACAGUGAAGUUAAAAAGAAGAGAGACAACAAACUGAAGAAUGGGAAAGCAAGCCACCCCCCCGGUGGGAGAAACGGGGUGGAGAAAAAGGAACCUCGGAAGGGGGUAAAAAAAUUCGAUGCCAAAAAAGGGAGAAAAAGGAAGAUGAUCAGACGGAAGGAGAGGCUUAAGAGGAAGAGGAAGGCGAAGGAGCGGGGAGAGGGGAACCAGGACGAGGAUUGCGAACAGGACAGCCAGGAGGAGAGCGGGGAGGACCACCUCGUCGUCGACUUCGAACUGAUAGACCCCACUGAUAAAUACAAAGACAACGUCAGGAUCCUCUUAAGGAGUACGGAGCUCUAUUCCAAUCUGAAGUGCACCGAGGAGUUAGUAAGCAUCAUAUGCGACCAGCAGAACAUCGGCAAGUUCCUCUGCGUAGUGAAUGGGGCGAGAGAUGGAGAGAAAGAAGCUUCUUUUGAGGAUCCAGCCGAUGGCACUGUAGAUGACACAGCAGAUGGCACGGAAGGUGACACAGCACAUGGCAGAGGAGCCCCCUCCAAUGGUAUUGACCACAAUAUGGUGGGGUUCCAAACCAUAAUCAACCUAAAUCAGUACGGAGAAAUCGCCCCGUUAAAGGAACUCCUUCUGCAGAAGGUGAAAAAAGUUAACACCCCGGAUUAUGUGGAGAGCGCAAAGAAGAUCACUUCACUACUCUCCUCCAACGAAACGAAAAAUAUAGGUCUCCUAAUUGGCCAUCGCAUCCUAAACACACCGAUGACGUUAGUCCCCCUGAUUCAUAAGAAUAUCAUUGAAGAUGUCUACUGGUCUCAAGGGAUUGAAGAUCUGGACCAGAGUGAAAAGAAGUUCUACUUCUUUGACUACCUUUUAUUCUAUACGAAGAUCUAUAACAACGCGGAAGGAGAGAACAUCUUCGCCAACUACGAGGAGGAGUACUUUUUUCGACACAAGACGGACCAUGUGGUCUGGAACAACAACAAUGUGAAGAAGUUCUAUGAGGUCGUGAAUGGCAAGAAUAGGGAAGUGACUUACAAAGAAUGCGUCACAGUCUUUGUCGUCCCCUUUGCCAAGGUGGACGAGGCCCUCGGGCAGAUGCAGAGGGGGGUUGCACAUGUUGGCGGUGUUAGCGGUGUUAGCGGUAUUAGAGGUAUUAGCGGCGGUGGUGCUUCUUCAGCUGCUGGACGUGGCUAA